UCCCACCAUCGACGCACAAAACAAUAGACCGCCAGUUUUUCAUUUAACUCCCUCCUCCCCGCCAACAAGUCCGACAAAAUUGUAUCACACCAAUAAUUACUUUCCCCAACGAACGAAAUUCAACGCAAACAGGUCGAACGUUUCCGUCACCAAAAGAUCUCUGAACACCACAUCGCAGCAUGUCGCCAGAACAUUAAGUAAUCCUACCUGGACUGAUCAUCCUACACCAGUGUUUCUUUAUAAUUCGCCAAACUCUUCGACACAUUCUUUGGUCGAACAAGAAGAAGAGGAUCUAAAUGAAAACAUUUUCUAUAGGACAUUAAAGAAAGAUUAUCCAAAAAUAUUUGACGGAGUUACCGUUGUCUGCGUACCACAUUCCAGAAGUAUCGUCGGAAUGAAGAUUAAUCGUAAUUUUAUUGAGACACAUUCGCUGAAGCCUUCGCCGUAUUUUCAGGGACAGUUUCAGAGUGUCAACAAAAAAGUCAUAGCCAUCGAAAAAAAUUGGGUAAAAUUAAUAUCAGGCUUUAAAGAGGAUCGAAAUAUACGCAUACUAAGCGAGGAACUAGUAUACAAUGAAUCCUACAAGUCUAUACAAGUUUUAAUAUUGGAACGUCCGCUGGAGGGGGAAGGAAAAUCGACCGAUAGCAAUUAUCCAAUAUUGAGUAUACCAACGGAAAGGAAUUAUGAAAUGGACUUAAGGUUUCUGAAGGAUAUAUUGGAUAACGAUAACCCCAUAAAGGAUCUUGAGAAUAUGGUUGAGGAGUUUAACGAAACCUAUGUAUAUGUUAAGGGAUAUUCUGGGUUUGCAGUGGAAAGAAUAACUCAGAUAUUUCAGAGAGCCGUUAGGAGCAUACUACAAUCCAAUGGCACGAUAAGAGCCAUUUGCCGCACGCAGCAUGAGUAUGAUCAACUCCAAGAACUUAUUGAGAAUAUUUUGAUGGGUCAAUUGCAUAACAAAAUAUUCGUUCAAUCUCUGUUACCAAUAUGUAAUUCACGUGACUCAUAUCUCGAUUCGAUAAUGAAUGUAUACUCUCGUGCUCAGGUGACAUUAAGGGAGUAUGGGGUAUGCGAAAGAUUACAGGACAUGCCAACUGAGAUGCUGGAAGCUGCGUCUGAUAUCCUUAGAGCCUUGAACGAAGAUGACGAGACUGACAUUGAAAUCCUGGAUAAUGACAUGACGAAAUUUGCCGGUCUUGGAAUAUCCACCCAUUCCAACGUAACCGAUGAUACGGACAUUGGUAGCAAUAGUAAAGGGGACGGUGGUAGCGGUAGCAAUGACGGAAUGAUAAUGAUACCUGCAAAAACUCCACUGGAAAAAUUGAUUUGUGUCAAACGAACUGUGCAAGAGAUUGCCACAAUUUCCGACACCUAUCUGACGCAGCUGGCCAUUCCUAGAGCAAUGCAGGAAGAAACGGAGAAAUCAUCGAUCACUACGGAUGACUUUAUACCAUUGCUCGCUUAUGUUAUUGUAAACAGUAGGAUUCGAAAAUUGGAGAGCAUAUUGUUUUACAUGCAAACCUUUAGGUUAUCUAAAGUCGAAAGAUCGGAGUUGAGUUUCGCUUUAACAACCCUACGAGCAUCGACGGAAUUCUUGAAGUCUGAUCCGUUGCAACUUCACGAUUCCAUCUCAACCACCUCUUCAAUCUCCUCAAUCUCUUCCCAUUCCUCGUAUAAAUAUUCCUCCCCGACUUUACCAAUAAAGAGUAGGGUACGUAGUCGUGCAACUUCAUUAUCCUCAUCGUCCACUCCUAUCUCAUCGCCACCGGCAUCAUCUCAAACCGGUCACCUGAAGUGCUUGUCAAUGCCAGGACUGGUCCAACAACCUUCAUCAUCAUCAAGACGCGAAGAUUCACCGGCGAGAUCAUUGAGUUCUGGGUUGACCAGUCCAAAAAGUUGCCAUGGAUAUAGACAUCAUAAUGUUGGCGACGAAGCAACAUCUUCGGGAAGGUCAAGUUUGGACUUUGGCAAUUCCAGUUUCACAAAUUAUAAUCCAUCAAUAAAUUCCGGCUACUCACUUUCCAACGAAGAGAACCUCGGUGAUGCUGGCAGUCAUAGUUCAAUGCCGAGAAGACGUCGAGCAUCGAUUACUCCAGUAUUGCUCAUAAAGCCGCCGAUAGUACUGAUGCCCAGGAAUUCACAUCCCAGAAAAAGUCUCGAUGGUGGACAAGGCGUUUCCAAUACUCAUGGUGGUGGUGGUAAUGGUGAAAACGACUAUGCGGUGAGUGGCACCGGUGCCAAUGAGAAUGAGUCAAGAGAAAGCGAUACAUACGAUGAUCAAGAUAAGAUAGGAAAAUUACCACCGCUGGCCACAAAAAGUUCUUUGCUUAAAUCGACAUCAAGACCAAACCUCUCAACCACUGAAUUUCACAGAAAUAAUGAUAAGGGAGGAAGAUCAAAGAGUUGGAGGCAUUCGAUUCAUGCACCAGAAAUUAUCGCGGUAAUACCGAGGCACACACAUAAUGGAAUCAUACAUACAGGAAAACCUAUUUUGGAUCUUUCGCCACCAAAUCCUGAAAUUAUGGGCGACUUCUUGAGUAGCCUACAAAAUAUUGAUGGUGAGGUUUCUGGUAACAGAAACGAAGGGAUGAUGACCGCUAAGAGAUGGUGA